AUGAGCCUGACCAACGAGGUUUCGGCUGGACCAACUGGAUACGGUAUCUGUCAAGCAGGCUGUUCUGGAGUCGCUAUGGCUUGUUAUGCAGCGGCAGGUUGUACAUGGGGAGCAACAUUAGGAGCAACUGCGCCCCCUGCCAUUGUUGCCUGCAACGCAGCUUUUGGGGCGUGUCAGGCAAAAUGUGCCCUGGUCCUGCUGGCACCAACGCCUUAA